UCGAUAUGGCAAAUAAUUAGUCACUCGCAAAAAUUCAUUCGUCGUUGAUUUCUCGCAUAAAAACAACGCUUAAGCGGUUGAAAUUUCUGCAUUAACAAAUUCUUCACCAUUUUAUUACAUUUUGUGUACAUACGAAGCCAACAACAGCCGCAAAAAUGUUCUCAUGCUGUCGUGCAAAUUCAAAAGCAGCUAAAAAGGAUAAGGACAAGGAUAAGCAUAGUAAAAGCGACGACGAUGCAACAAACGAACAAGAAACAAACCCAACAAACGAACCAGAAACUGAAAAACAGGAAACCGAAACCGAAACGGAGGCCAAAGUAAACGGCAAUAUGUCAGCAACAGAAGUCGCAACUGAACCCGAACCCGAACCCGAACCUAUAAACCAACUGGAACCCAAGGAGGCAACUGUCGAUAGAAAUGCUCCAGAUGAUGUUGUUAUUGAGCCUCAAACUGCCAUCGAUAUAGAAGCCACAGCGGUGCGUUCGACGCACUCUUCCACGUCAACAGCGCCUCCCGCCUCGAUGACCAGUGUGGACACUGAUGAUGAUGAUGAUGAUAAAGAUGGUGUCGGAGCUGGAGUUAAAGCUGCACCUCCACAGCAGCAACAGCAGCAGCAACAACAACAACAACAUCAACAACAACCGACCAAGAGCUGUCUGUCGCGUCACAAUUCGACGCAUCAAUCAAUCAAGAAGAAGGUGAACAUUAGCACACGGGCCGAGAUUAUUGAGCCGGAGCCAUCGCCAACAUCACUGCUGAUGUCGGCCAAUCACAACAACAACAACAACAAUUCACUGGCGGAUGACGACGAAGUGUUCUCGGACUCCCUGCCACCGCCCAAGCGUGAGAGCAUGUGUGCUCCCUACAUUGAGGGUGAAUUGCUGCCAGAGACUUUGGUCUUUGCCCACGGAUUGCCGGCAUGGUUUGAUGAUGAGCGUCUUAACGAUAUCGGCUGCAUUGAGCCACCCGUCACGCCCGUGGGACGCGAUGAGCUGGAGCUAAAACGUCAGCGACUCUACACGGAGCUGUUGCGAGCGGCACACGCCGCCGUCGAGCACAGCGUGGCCGUGCGCGAUAACGAAUCGGAAUCAAAGCCUACGGCUGCCGUUGAGCAUUUGGAAAGGAUUUGUGAGCGCUUGGAAACGUUAGUGGAUCGUUUGGAGCACACGCUUAUUGCACCAGCGUCAGCGCCAGAAAUUAAACCAGAGAUUGGGAUACAAACACCAUCACCACCACCGCCGCCACCGCUAACACCAACGCCACCGCCAGUAGCCGCUGUUAGUGCUCCACCUUUAAGCAACAACAUGAGUGUCGCCGGCUUUGAGGACAUCAUGGCGGGGCCAUUGAGCCAAUAUCUCACGCUGUCUGCCAAAAUUGGGGGCGAUGUUGCCCAGCACGCGAAAUUCGUCAAGGCGGCUUUUGACGCUCAAUUGCGUUACGUGACGCUGGCCACGGAAAUAGCUCAGCCGGCGCAGCCAAAGCAAAUGGAAUUGUUGCAGCCAACAUCGACGCAAAUUAGCGCCGUCCAGGAUUAUCGCGAGAAGCAUCGUUCGUCGCCGCUAUUCAAUCACUUGUCGGCCAUAAGCGAGAGUAUUCCCGCCCUAGGCUGGGUGUGUGUGGCAAUGAAGCCGGGUCCGUUGGUCAAGGAGAUGAACGAUGCAGGGCAAUUCUAUACGAAUCGUGUGCUCAAGGAGUGGAAGGAGAAGGAUGCCACGCAUGUGGAAUGGGCACGCGCUUGGAUUCAGACUCUCACGGAACUGCAGGCCUACAUUAAGCAGUAUCAUACAACGGGUCUGGUGUGGUCCGGCAAGGGUGCGGCACCAGCGGGUGGUGCUCCACCACCACCACCACCUGGCGGUCUGCCACCACCACCACCACCACUAGAUCUGAGUGCGCUUAAACUGGACAGCGCUGGCGAUGAACGUAGUGCGCUCUUUGCCCAAAUCAAUCAAGGCGCCGACAUAACCAAGAAUUUAAAGAAGGUUACCGGCGACAUGCAAACCCACAAGAAUCCAUCGCUGCGCACUGGGCCAGCUCCCUUCAAGACGCCCGCCAGCAGCAGCAGCGGUCCAGCAAUUGCCGCAUCCGUCAAGGAGCCUGUGUUUACCCGCGAUGGCAAGAAGUGGCUAAUUGAGUAUCAGAAGAACAACACUGGUCUGCUUGUGGACAAUGCUGAAAUGAACAAUGUGGUUUACAUGUUCCGCUGUGAGGGAUCCACGCUCACUGUCAAGGGCAAGGUCAACAACAUUGUGCUGGAUUCUUGCAAAAAGUGUUCGUUGUUGUUCGAUUCGGUUGUUGCUUCCGUUGAGUUUGUCAACUGCCAGAGCGUUCAGAUGCAGGUAUUGGGUUCGGUGCCAACUGUUUCCAUUGAUAAGACCGAUGGUUGCCAAAUGUAUUUGUCCAAGGAUUCAAUGGGCGUUGAAAUUGUCAGCUCCAAGUCAUCGGAGAUGAAUGUACUCUUGCCGGAGGCCAGUGGUGACUUUACCGAAUUGGCUUUGCCGGAGCAGUACAAGACCUUUAUUAAUGGUAAAACCCUCAAGACUGUGUGCGUCGACAGCCUUGGCUAAAAUGUGGUCGGAAGACCGUAAUCCAUGGGCGUCGCUGAUUGCUUUUUAAAUUCCCUUCUUCGUAUCCCAUUUGUAUUGAUCCAGAUUGCAGCAAGCAAAAUAAUUAAUUUUAAGCACACCUUUCGUAUCUGUGUAUUUAUCAUUUUAUAUAUCAUACGAGAGUUUAAAAAACUGUUGCCAAAUUAUUGCUGCUGGCCAAUAUGGGGCAAAAAAAAAAGUAUUCAUAAUUUGCAUAAAUAUUUAUUUGUAAUUGUAAUUGCAAUCAUCAGCAACGCGACGUAACCCAAACGAUAAUCUAAUUGUAUUUAUAUUAAAUUUAAUGAGAAUAUGCAC